ACAAUAGUACCAUACGCUUAAUCGGUCCUGUAUUCCUUCAUACUAUUUUUGCAUAAACGGUCUCAAAAGAUUGAUUUGAAUAAAUUGUAGUUAUCGCAAUAAAUUGUAUGUCAUCUGCCGUGGUAUGAGGUGACUCAGAUUUGAGGUAGUCUUGAGUAGUUGAGUCAAGUUUUGCUUUUGUAGUGGUAGUUUGUUUUUCUCUCACGAGCCCCUCUCCUCUUCUGUCGCACCAAAAAUAAAAUCGUCAGCGUCAAUAUGUGUAGCAGUGUAUAAGUUCUGGUGGUCAUGGACAUACCUUGAGGUUGUUUUAACGAGUCAAAAGUAGAACUGGUAUUAUUGAGAUUUGGUAUAAUAUUAUGCCCAUGUUUGACAGAACAUACUAGUUGACUAGCCAAGUCUAUUUAGUCUCAGCCAAGGCCGCUCAAUUCUUUAUGCAAUGAUCCGUCUCUAAACAAAUCGGUAAAUUCAAGAAAUCUAUAAAAAAAAUUAAAAUUAAAAUAAGACAUUUCUUUUUGUUCAUUAUAGUCUCAAAACAUAAGAAACAAGCAGACCAAGGAGAUAGAAGAAAAAAAAAUGCAACAGCUACAGGAUUUAUUUUUUAUUUUGUUUUAAUUGUAAACGGUGUUGAUUUGCCGUGGAAUGGCAGAGAGGAUGGCAAGUGUGUAGAAUAAUUGGAGCAGCACGGGGCAAGUGGCACAUCCCCUCCCCUCGUCUCGCAAAUCAGGGCACACUCGAUCUGUGCAACUCCGGCUUCGUGAUCUUUGACCACCAACGGUGACGCGAAAAUAGAAAAAAAACAACGUCCGCAUUGAAAGCAUAAUUCCUCGCAGACACAAUCUACAGGAACUGAGUUCCAGCUCUGAUCCCCAUUCUUCUCCAUCCCUGUGGCUUAGUUAAGACUUUACCACCCAGACGCGCCCCCAGUUUGCAAGUUGCCCCUCCCUUUCCCUAUUGCCAUCUCUUUUAAAGCUUCACAGUCGCGUUGUUUUCUGCUCAUCAGUGACUAGGUACCCUUUCGUUCAAUAGCUCGUAAGAACUGCUUGUGGAGAACAAUCUGAAACUUACAAAAAAGUCUGCUUGACUUCUAGAAAUCACAACGAUUCCGGUCAAGUGUUGUAGUAGAGACUGACAGUUGGUUUGCACGAUGGCGAUGUCGAUGCAUGAGUUGUUCUACAGUGAGAUCAUACCUGUGUACAUGGUUCAUCGUGGGUGGUUAUCCGCCUCUACACGCCGGGGAUUGUAUACAUGUGCUGACCAGUGGAUGUGACCCAAUUGUCCCAUAGUCGACGAGGGGAAUGUGUCGCUGUCGACUUGGUGGUGCCGAUGUGCUGCACCCGAUGUGAAGAUCAGGUGCGAGAUGCUCUCUAUGCUUUGCGCGGCGUCGAGGGCGUAGUUUGUGACCUGUACAAUCAAAGGGUUACUGUCGCUGGUUACUUGGAGCCUGCACUUGCCUUGCAGCAAUUGAGGCGGGUGAAGAACGGUGCCUCAUUCUGCUCGCAAAUCUCUCACGGCAGGCAGCACAGAUAUGAGGUAUCUUUGUACCAGAAAUCACACAGCGGCCGUCAAGACCAAAGAGAUCGCAAGGCGUAUGCUCAACUCGACACAAUCGAGCAGAGGUCACACUCUGAAAAUAGGUACAAUUGUUCAAGCAGCGAGUCGUACUCUCGGAGCUUUUGCCCUUCUCAUAGAGACACCACAGGGACGCACUAUGUGAGCGUGCCAAACCCAAUGAUCGCAACACGCGUGGAAUGGGAAUCUUGAAGGACGCUUCGAAUUUUCCAGUAUUUGUCCAUUGUAGGUAGAAUGAGGUAUGGAGUUGUGAAUAGCGGUAAACAAUUUUUUUUUGCUUAGAAGCAUUUGUGUAGAAAUCUCAAAUCCCCUGUGGAGAUUCACAAGGUGUUCAAUGUGGAGAAUUUUAGAAUUCUAGAUCCAGAAUAUUGGAUUAGGCUCA